AUGGACCGUCGCUACGUGCCGCUGAGGCCAUGGAGCCCCGGAGCGUCAGCCAAGGCGCCGGCCUUUCGCCUCGCCGAGAGCAAGAGACGCCGGGUGGGCGUGAACGUUGCCUGCAACGACUGCCGGAGGAAGAAGAUCCGGUGCGACGGCGGACGUCCCACAUGCACCAACUGCCAGGGCAAAAAGACCAGCUGCGAGUACCGCGACGAGGAGGGCCACCUGUCCAAGGAGUCCAAGGACCUGGUCGUCCACGUCACGCAGAGCCUGAGCCGGCUGCCGCACGCGGAACAGACCAAAGUGCUGCACGAGCUGCGCAACGAGAUGGACGCCUGGAAGAUCCUCUCGGUGCUGCGCCAGGGCACCGCGUCGGGCAGUGAGCAGCAGUUGGCUGAGAGCACCGGGGAGACGCCGACCACGGAGAGCGACCCGGCCGCGCCGGACGAAUGGGAGUCGCAGAAUCCGGUGGCCUACCCCGACGUGGAAAACUCGGACGCCGAGCCCUUUUACUUUCAGCCGCCGGCGGCCUCGCUGUCUCCGACCGAGGGGCAAGACGCCGCCGCCGGCACGAGCGUGUAUGUUGCCCGCCUAACCCUGAGCGCGGCGAGCUCCUCUCCUCGCUUUCCUCGUGCAGAGAAACCACCACCCCCCCAGCUGACAGCCGGCCCCAUGGCAAGCGACGAGCCCGCGGGAUCGCACGGUCCCACGCCGAUGCCGAUGCCGAUGCCGAUGCCGAUGCCGAUACAGUGGCAGGCCGCCCUAUCCGGAGACCGCGACGCCGGCCCGGAGGGCGGCAAGCCCUCCUACCCGCCCGGCCUGUGCGACGACCGCCUGUGCGGCCUCGACAUCCACCGCUGGACCAGCGUCGCCAUGGACAGCCAACUGGCCGCGCGCUGCAUAUCGCUGUACCUCGAGACCGACCACCCCCUGCUUGGCCACUUUGACCCCGAGCUGUUUGUCGCCCAGUUGGUGUCGGGGGACACGGAGCACUGCUCGUCCCUCCUCGUAACCGCGUUGCUGUACUGGGCUUGUCAAAUGUACAGCGCGAUUGACCCGCAGACGGACGAGCUGGCCCUCAAGUGCUGCGCCGAGGCCGAGAAGCUGUGGAGGGCGGAGCGCGACGCCGGCGCCGACUCGACCCUCACGCUGGCCGCCACCGCCUUCCUCAGCCUGGGCCACCUGGGCCAGGGCCGCGACCACUCCGUCCUGACGUACCUGGUCGAGGCGGCCGAGAUGGCCGGCCGCAUGGGCCUGUUCACCUUCCAGGGGCAGCGGAGCGGCCGUAGCGUGCAGACGCACUCGAACGUCUACGGCGCGGCCAAGACGCCCUACAUGUACGCCGCGUGGGGCAUCUUUAACUGGCUGACGCUCAUGUCCCUCUUCUACCACCGACCCGGCAUGAUUUGCCCGACGUCGCCGCCGCGCAUCGCCAUCCCCCGGGGCGACGUGCCCAACGCCAAGGAGACCUUGUUCGGCCUCGACGCCGAGACGGUGCCCUGGGUGCCCGCCUACAUGGGCGACACCUUUCCCUACCUCUGCUGGUUCUGGACCAUUGCCAGCGAGACGAGCCGGCUAUACGACGGCGACGACGGCCAGCUCCCGCCGACCUGGGGGCCUGACCGCGCGCUGGCGUUUGCCGAGUUCAAGUACCGCGAGCUGCUGGCGUGGACCAACAGCCUUCCUCUGCAGCUCAUGUCGAAUCACCACACGCAGCACCACGUGCAGGUCAUGCACAUCUGGCUGCACGCAACCAUCCUCGACCUCUUCCGCCCCUUUGUCCGCGACCGCUCCCGCCACGACCAGCGCUUCCGGACCUUUGCCAGCAGCCACUGCACCGCCCGCGCCGUCCGCGAAACAUCCACCGCCCGGCUCAAGAAGCUCAUGGUCAACUACAGCCGCAACUACGGCUGCUCCAACUUCACCAUCCUGUGGCACACGGCCCUCAUCUACGUCGCCAACGCCGUGCUCGACGACGAGCCCAAGCACCAGGACUGGUACUCGUACCUGGUCUUCUGCCUGUACGGCUACGAGCGCCUGAGCCACUCGUGGCGCGUGGCCAAGGCCAUCACCAAGGGCCUACUGUCCAUGACGCUGCGCAAGGGCGACAUGUCCGCCGUCGCCGCGCGGCGCAUCCUGGCCGACCUCGAGAGCAACUGGCCGAGCCGCGCGCCGCUCGGCGGCAUCGAGGCGCCCUUUAUGCUUGACCUCAACCGCGCGCUGUCGGAGCCCGGCACCGCCUCGGUGGACUAUCUCGCCGGCCAGCUGGAGGACAACAUCCUCCUAGGCGACUACACCAAUGUGUUUGGGGACAACUGA